GGCUGGUUGCCAGGCAGGGCUGAAAGGGGCGGAGCUAGUGACGAGGUGGUGACGUCAUCUUGUCGCGGUGCUUCGCUCUCGGUGUGUGGAGGAGGAAGCGGGAGGCACCGGAGGAGGGAGCGCCGUCACCGCUCGAGUUACACCGGACACAGCGGCUCAGAGGCUCGGUAAGGAGGAGCCAUGACUGAAAUCAGUGACCUGGACCGACAGAUCGAGCAGCUGAGACGCUGUGAACUCAUCAAGGAGAGCGAAGUCAAAGCCCUUUGUGCCAAGGCCCGGGAGAUCCUGGUUGAAGAGAGCAAUGUCCAGAGGGUGGACUCUCCGGUCACAGUCUGCGGUGACAUCCACGGCCAGUUCUAUGACUUGAAGGAGCUGUUUAGGGUUGGCGGUGAUGUCCCGGAAACAAACUACCUGUUCAUGGGAGACUUUGUGGAUCGCGGCUUUUACAGUGUCGAAACAUUCCUCCUCCUCCUCGCAUUAAAGGUUCGCUAUCCUGACAGGAUCACACUCAUUCGCGGGAACCACGAAAGCCGACAGAUCACACAAGUUUACGGUUUCUACGACGAGUGCCUGCGCAAAUACGGCUCCGUGACAGUAUGGCGGUACUGUACGGAAAUCUUCGACUACCUUAGCCUGUCUGCCAUUAUCGAUGGAAAGAUCUUCUGUGUACAUGGCGGACUCUCCCCGUCAAUACAAACCCUAGACCAGAUACGAACCAUCGACCGCAAACAGGAAGUCCCUCACGACGGCCCCAUGUGCGACCUGCUGUGGUCCGAUCCAGAAGAUACCACCGGGUGGGGAGUCAGCCCUCGCGGAGCCGGUUACCUGUUUGGCAGCGACGUGGUAGCGCAGUUCAACGCGGCCAACAACAUCGACAUGAUCUGCCGCGCGCACCAGCUGGUGAUGGAAGGAUAUAAAUGGCACUUCAACGAGACGGUCCUGACCGUGUGGUCUGCGCCAAACUACUGCUAUAGAUGUGGGAACGUCGCCGCCAUUCUUGAGCUGGACGAGCAUCUUCAGAAGGAAUUCAUCAUCUUUGAAGCGGCUCCUCAAGAGACCAGAGGCAUUCCCUCCAAGAAACCUGUCGCCGACUACUUCCUGUGACCUUGCCCCCGUGUUUCCAUGCCAGGGCCUCUCCACUAUUUCCUCCUGAUGUGUCUCGAACUUCUCCAAAGGCCUCUCUUCCUCCCUCCUCCUCCUUCUUGCUCACGGUGGGACCGAAUACACAAUAUGGGGGGCAGAAGAGCUCGCAGACUUUGCCUCUCUUCCCUCCCCCCCUCCUUGUUUAAGUCUUAUAAGGGUUAAUGUGCUGAGGGGGGGGGGUACCCUGACCCUAAAGGGAGGGGGCUGUGCUCUGUGUUCUUGUCUAUGGGUGGGAGGGAACGCUCUGCAGAACGGAGCAACGUGCUGUGUGUGUCUCAGGAAAAGGGUUAUCCCAAUGCUCUGUAAGACUUUUUUUCAUUGGGGGUGGGGGUGAAGACCGCGGUACCAGACCGGGAGGAAGGGGGUGGGGGGGGGGUACGUCAGGGCAGUGUUAUGCAAGGAAACCAAAAUCCUUUUAGAAAUUUUCUUUUUUUACUUCCCCCCCCCCCCCCCCCCCCCCCCUGAUUUUAUAAAUUCCUUAAAACAAAAAAAAUCCCUGAAUCCAGUCAUUCCUCCGCGUCCCCCACGUUCGGCUGGUGGUGGUCUGACGUUAGUUCGGAGUGCCUUAGUGCAAGCAGACCCUGGGCCCUACAACCCCAGCAGGACUGACAUGGAUGCGCGCUCCCCCCCCCCCCCCCCCCCCCACGACACGUUGCCAUAUGAGGUUUUUUUUUUUUCUUUCUCAAGCCGCAUAAUUCGCCUUUUCACGUUCCCACAACUCCGGAGAUCGUUCGCCACCAGGGAUUCCGCCUCUCCGGGACCCUCCUGUAUUUUUUUUGUAAUUUAUUAUUUUUUUCCCCCCUCCUCCCUCUUUUCUAUCCCACUCUUUACAUGUGACCCCCCCCCCCCCUCCCUAGUAGAUUCCCGUUGACCAUGCGCAUCUAUCAGUCAGGUUUUUAUUAUUUUUAAUUUUACUUUUUUUUUUUUGGUAGAUAAAAGCCACAGACGUCUGCUAAUAAAACAAGAGAAAAAAAAAAUAAAAAAAACUGUAAAGAUGGCAAAAUGUGUGGCGUGUAGUGUCUGUGGCAUCGUGUUUAUAUGGGGGAGGGGAGAUGGAUCUAGAAGGAGCUAUUUAUGUUUAACUACAACUUCUUAGUUUUCUAUAAUAAA